CUGUUCUAGCGGUCGCUCUCAUUUCGGCAGAAAUAUUCACUCCUAACAAAUCCCAAGCAAUGGUGCUGGACCUUAUGUUUAGGCCUCUACAGGCUCCGACAGUGUCAAGCAUGGUUUGGCCAACCCUAUCUAUGGUCGUGGCAGUAUACGUUGCUCGCCUCAUCUACCACGCGUAUUUCUCACCUCUGGCAUCCAUCCCAGGGCCGUUUCUCAACAAGAUAUCCAAUCUACCGCUCAACUACCAGCUGAUCCGUGGACAAUUUCACACCUACUCAGUCAAACUGCACGCCGACACCUCGGAUACACGUAUGGUUCUUGCCACUCAUGCGUUUCGGAAGGGACGCAUGUAUAGGAGAUCGGCGGCAACGGAUGUGACCCAGCAUGUUACUACAACACUUCCAGAAGUGAACAAGGCUCGUCGGCGUAUGUUGGGGGAUGCGUUUGCGGCACACACGAUGCGCGCUGUUGAAAACUUGGUGGUGGACGCUGGCGCCAGCGCGCUUAUCACCGCAUGGGACAGCGAGAUUGCCAAGCAAGGACAAGUUGCCAGGGUUAACUACUACUACGCCUUUCACCGCAUGGCAGUAGACGUUAUUGGCGCAGUCGCUUUUGGCUCUAGCUUCAAUAUUCUGAAAACCAGGAACGCGGAUAUCAUCGACUGGCUGCACGAUACCGCGAUGAAAGUGGUCAGCGAAACUGGGCUGCCACCGCGCAUAGAUGUGCUGCAAAGCCAAGGGCUCACGCCACCCCAACUCGAGUCCGAAUUGAUUCUGAUGCUCGUGGCUGGUUCCGAUACCACAGGCAGCACCCUGACAUGGAUAGUGAUGAACUUGCUGCACAACCCAGAAUGCUACAAGCGCCUACCAUAUCUCUCGGCUGUCAUCUACGAAAGCAUGCGGAUUACCUCACCAUCUGCUACAAUGCUCACACGGAAUGUGCCGGCAGAGGGCGUGACCAUCCAAGGCUUCUUCAUCCCGACUGGCUCACAGAUUUGUCUGUCUUUUGGCGCCUGCCACCACAACCCUCGUCUGUGGAAGAACCCUGGUGUGUUUGACCCCGAGCGCUUUCUUGGCCCAGAUUCAACCAAGAGGAUCAGUGACGUUCUUACGUUCAGCACUGGUGUUCGCGUCUGCAUUGGACGAAACCUGGCAAUGCUAGAUAUCUUCACAGCGCUUGCCAAUAUUCUACGCCGGUAUGAUUUCAAGCUGCCCGAUGAUGCCGUACGCGGCAUACCAGUUGAGGUGCCUGGGUUGUCUUAUCUCGUUACCGGACCAGUAAACCCCAAGAAUAAUUGCUGGGUCAACAUUUCUCUGGCCUGAUAUAGCUACUUUUUAUCACUAAACUUUCCAGAUCAACAUGCCUGGGGCCAUGAGGCUUGGG